GCUUUCAUUAUAGGGGAUUAAUUUUGCAACCUUUCUUUGACCUUUCUCCGGUCGCCGCCGGCGGGUUUCCCAUCUCCCCGCCGCCUUCGCCCGAUCUUUAGGUAAUUUUCAAUGUAUAUAUAGAUAGACGAUUUGAUUAGGUUUCAAAAGCUAGGUUUUGAGAGAGAUACAUAAUUCACGAUUAAGAGUAGAACUCAAAUUUGUAGAAGAACAAAUAGAUUUGACGCAAUGUACAUGCUUGUCAACUGUUCAAACUGCCGUACGCCCUUGCAGUUACCGCCUGGAGCUACAUCGAUCCGAUGUGUAAUUUGCCAGGCCGUUACUCAGAUCGCCGAUCCUCGUAAUGCGCCUCCUCCACCGUCGUCAGCUUCUCCAUCUCAAUUAUCUGGUUACAACGGACCUCCGCCGGCACCUUCACCUUACAAUCACGCGCCUCCGGGACCGCCUCCUUCUCCGCACGGGAGGAAGAAGGCGGUUAUCGUUGGUAUAUCGUAUAAAUUCUCGAGACACGAACUCAAAGGAUGCAUCAAUGACGCGAAGUGUAUGAAAUAUCUGUUGAUGAAUAGAUUUCAGUUUCCAGAAUCUUCUAUUCUUAUGCUCACAGAAGAAGAAACUGACCCUUACAGAAUUCCAACCAUACAAAACAUGCGGAUGGCAUUGUUUUGGCUAGUCCAGGGCUGUCAACCUGGGGAUUCCUUGCUAUUUCACUAUUCUGGUCAUGGCUCUCGGCAGAGAAACUAUAAUGGGGAUGAAGUGGAUGGAUAUGAUGAGACUUUAUGUCCUCUAGACUUUGAAACACAGGGUAUGCUGGUUGAUGAUGAAAUCAAUGCAACAAUAGUCAGACCUCUUCCUCGUGGAGUUAAGCUUCAUUCAAUUAUAGAUGCUUGCCAUAGUGGUACUGUACUGGAUCUACCAUUUCUAUGCAGAAUGAGCAGGAGCGGGCAUUAUAUAUGGGAAGAUCAUCGGCCACGUUCUGGAAUUUGGAAAGGAACAAAUGGUGGUGAAGCCAUUUCCUUUAGCGGUUGUGACGAUGAUCAAACAUCUGCAGAUACAGCAGCACUAUCGAAAAUCACUUCAACAGGGGCCAUGACUUUCUGCUUUAUACAAGCCAUUGAACGCGGUCAUGGGACAACAUAUGGUAGCAUACUAACUUCUAUGCGUUCCGCCAUUAGAAGCGUCGGAAGCGGUGGUGGCGGAGGAGGAAUAGCCGGAGGAGGUGCCGUCACUUCUCUUCUCAGUAUGCUUAUGACUGGUGGAAAUGUCGGCCUUGGAGGUGGUGGCCUCCAACAGGAACCGCAAUUAACAGCUUGUGAAUCGUUUGACGCCUACUCAAAGCCUUUCUCCCUUUGAUCUUUAAAUCUUUUUAAGUAACUAUUUAUUAUGGGGUGUGUUUUUUCCUUUCUACAUUAUUUUCUAAGAAAAGGUUAAAAUUUGUAUUAAUAAAAUCGUUAACAAUAUUUACUCUUGUGUUAUUACUUGUGGGUAUUUAUGGGAUUGAUAAAUCUUGAAUCACAUGCAAAACCAAUAUUUGAGAAAGUAAAUGAUUUGUUAUUGUU